GCAGAGUAAGGCAGCCAAGGAUUUAUGAUAUUAUGAGUUGAAAGCGAUCUGUGGUAGCCAUAAACCAUUCAUACAAUUCGUGGUUCCGCUGAAGCCCCGUUUCUCAGAUACUUUUCUAAAUUCUUUCUUCUCAUUUGCUAUCUCUGUUUGGUGCAUCAGCUAAGUCUAUGGUUACCCUCCACAAGGGAUCAAUAUAAUGGUUCAAACAUGCUAACGGUGUAUGCUCCUGGAGCUAUUCUAAAGUGCCAUUUAUACCAAGAUUCAGCUUCUGCUCAACAAACUUAUCCAUGCAAGAUCAAUAAUAAUGUUAAUUCGGUGAAUUGUAAUCCUAAACCUUUUGGCAGUCCUUGUAGUAAUAUAUUAUUUCAUAGUUCCUCCUUCUCUGGGAAAUGUGAUAAGCUGCAGAAGAGUCUUCAUCUAUUCCAUCAUGUUGCCACACAUAAAUGGCUAUGUGGGUUACAGGAAUCCAUUUCAUCUGAUGAUGAGUAUCGUUCUUCGCGCAACAUAGCCAUCAGCUUGUUCAGGCGAUACAGGAACUUCAUUGAUCGUGGUGGAGUUGACAACCUAAAAGAGUUCAUCACUGCUGGGGUAAAUGCUUAUGCGCUCGGAUGCACAGAUGAGGGGUUAAGGAAAGAACUUGUGGAUAUGAAGAACUCUGGGAUUGAAAUUGAAGUAAUGCAAAGUUAUGGUGGAAGCACAAGCUUGAAAUCUAAGAUCAUCUCAGAGGAGGUUGAUGAAUGCAUUCUCUGGUUAAGCAUUAUAUUCAUCACCAUCUUGUGUACGCCCCAGCCAACUAUUGUUAGAUGGUCAUCUACACCUCCGGUGUCAGAUGAAGUGCGACUUCAGUGGAAAGGCUUUUGUGCUCUUAUAGCAAAUGCAUAUUUUAUGAAGGGAAUGGCUUGGCUUCCCGUAAAGACUCUUCAACUAGAACAGACGGCUGUGAUGGGCCAAGCGGAGAAACCGUCAGUUGUUGCUAGCCGAAUGCGAUUAGUCUUUAGCACACUUGAGGUAGUGAGUCCCCAGUGGCCAAGAGCAUAGAGCAUGAGAUCAAGUUAAAUCUGUCUCCCAACAAUUUCCCAUUAAGUUGUAUCUCAUAUUUGCUAACACAUGUAGCAAUAUCGUGCCAGAGAAGACAUUAAAAAGGAAAUAGAAGAAAAAGUGAAUAGCAAUGUAGCCAUAUAAGUAUGUUCAAUGCAUCGAUAUCGACUUCUAUU